UGUUCUAAUAAAUUUGAAAUUGGAUGCUUGUUAAUUAACUUAUUAUGAACGCUCUCGAACUUAAAUGAAUUGUUUUACCAUGAAUCCAAUUUCCACAAUCGUUGCCACCCUGAAACCAUAAACAUCAGACCCUGGAUGGCUGCAAAAUCAGAGACUGCAGCAGAACUCAACCCAACUCAUAUGUCACACUCAAAUCAUUGAACGAAUAUGCCAGCAACAACAGUAUAAAGUCAGCAAUAAAUUAACCAAUUGAUAGCAAUAAAAGCAAAGUUGAGAGCGAUCGAAGAGGAGGAAGAGCGGUGAUAUAUUAUAUUAUAUUAUAUAUCGAAAUGCGCGCCGUAUACGACUUGUUGCUGAGCAACGCCUUUGAUCCCAGAAUGGUGCUACAGAAUCACAACACUGUGGUGGCCCGCUCCACUUUGACCCCGAAUAGCAGCAGCCAGAACUUCGGCUCCCAUUCGGUGGGCCACCAUGGCGGACAGGGAGGCAAUGCAGCUGGUCGGAGUCCUCUGAACGCCGGCCCAAGCACCCAGCGACCGAUUGUGGACCUCCUGGUGGCCAUGGUGGCCGUUCCGGUGCUCAUUCUCUGCGCCCUCCAGCUGGAGAAGAAUCUGCGGGACAACAGCCUGGAGUCCCGCUGGCUGGUCUUCGCCUUGGGCAUCGGGAUGCUGGUGAUCAGCGUGAUCAUCUGCGGCUACGUCACGCACCGCAUGGGUGUCUGCAUUUGGGCGGGACCCAUUGACGAGGCGGGAAAUCGGGCCACAAAUGGCGGCAUGCCACAUAUCAACUCGCAGAACGAUGUCCUACGCAUUGUGGACUCCCUGCCACCGAGUUACGAUAGUGUGGUGAAGUUCGAGCUGCCGCCGCCGGCCUACGACUGCCUGGUUAUCGAGAUGGAUCAGGGAUCCAAGGAUCUGGAGUCGCCGCCGACCUCCGCCAAGUCAGGAACCGGAGGAGCCGCCUCCCCGCCCGGCGCCACGUUGCACAUCUAGCAAGGAAAUCCAAAGGAGCAACAGGAGCAGCAUUCGGAGGAGGAGGAGAGAGAAUUAAGAGAUUUUUUUCGAAAACUGGCAGCGCAACGGAUUUCCGAACCUGAUCCACUUAAAAUCUUGUAUAACCGCGAUUUCGAUGCGUGGUAUUCUGGCCACUCUGGUGUUUUCAAAUGAAUGUUUAAAUGAUUUUGAAACUCCUAGAAUACCGCCAUAUUAUCCGUAUAUCCAUUAUCCAUUGUUAAGUUUGGCCAGCUAACUGGUAGUAUAGCUUGGCAAAGCAUUAUGGCAUUGUAUUUACUUUGAUUUUAAGCAGCUAGUAUUUUAACUGUAGAGCCCUCAAAAUCUCUCGCAUUGUACAUACAUUGAGUUCUUUGAAACACACACACAGCAUCUAGUCCAAAGUUGUAUAUAGCCGAAAAAGAAAUAACUAAAACACAAGAUGCGCCCAUACGAAACCAUUAGGGAAAUAUAUAUACCUACUGUAUAUUAACUGAAUUGAAUGCCAAGGCAGCAGGGCGGGAAUCAAACUACAAAACUACAAAACUACAGGGUAGCACAUAGUCUUAGUUUUAGCCUAACGUCUGUAUAUAAUUAUGUAUAUUACGAUUACAAAUAUUACUAUUUUAAUUGCCAACAAAUGUCGGAAAACGUUCAGUGUUGCUUUCCAGAAAUAAAGAAUUCCUAUUAAGUUUAUUGAA